AUGCUACAAAUCCAGGAAAACAUGCAGAUCUUAAGUAACUUGACAUCUAAAUUUCCAACCUUCUUAUUGACUGGAAUUCCUGGCCUAGAGUCUGUCCAUGCGUGGAUUUCUAUCCCCUUCUGCUGUCUCUAUGCCAUUGCCCUCUCUGGGAACAGCAUGAUCCUGUUUGUCAUCAUUACCCAGCAGAGUCUCCACGAACCCAUGUACUAUUUCCUCUCUCUGCUUUCAGCUGCUGACUUGGGGUUGGCCAUUUCUACAAUGUCAACAACAUUAGGUAUCCUCUGGUUUGAUGCAAUGGAAGUCAAUCUAGAUACCUGCAUUAUCCAGAUGUUUUUUCUUCAUGGAUUUACAUUCAUAGAAUCUGGGGUGCUGGUGGCUAUGGCUUUUGACCGCUAUGUGGCCAUCUGUGAUCCUCUGAGGUAUACUACUAUUCUCACUAAUUCCAGAAUAAUUCAGAUGAGCUUGUUAAUGAUUAUACGUAGUGUAGUAUUAAUAGUACCACUACUUUUGCUCCUUAAGCCUCUCUAUUUCUGUAGAGAAAAUGUCCUUUCCCACUCCUACUGCUACCACCCAGAUGUGAUUAAAUUAGCAUGUUCAGAUACUCAGGCCAACAGCAUCUGUGGAUUAAUUGAUCUCAUCCUGACCACAGGAGUAGAUACACCAUGCAUUAUCCUGUCAUAUAUCUUGAUCAUUCGCUGUGUGCUCAGUAUUGCCUCCCCUGAAGAACGCCAUAAGGUCUUCAGCACUUGUGUGUCCCACAUUGGAGCGGUCGCUAUUUUCUACAUCCCCAUGAUAAGCCUAUCCUUGGUGCAUCGCUAUGGUCCAUCAGCCCCCAAAGUGGUCCAUUCGAUGAUGGCUAAUAUAUAUCUGCUUUUUCCUCCAGUGCUCAACCCCAUCAUCUAUAGUGUAAAAACAAAACAGAUUCGCAAAGCAUACUCAGCCUUCUCCUUGCAAAACAAACAGAGCUGUUUGUUUGAGAAAAACCUGAAAAAAGUGACUUUCACUGUAGAAAAGUAG